AUGGAAAAUCCUAAUAUUCCUCAAUUAGAGCUUGAGAUAUCUUCUGUAUACACUUCAUUUCUCAAGGACUAUUAUAAAUCACAAGACUAUGAAAGCUACCAAGAAAAACUAACGGAAUUUCAUACUUUGUCACCAUUGAAAAUAUUAGAAGAAAUAUCUAAACAUUUGUCAAUUUAUGCCAAAUUGAAAUCUAUGGACUCAGGUAAUCUUGAUAUAAUCGAUCAUUAUGAAAAAACCAUUUCUGAGCUUAAAAAAGAUAUAAGAUUUCAUGUAGACUUAGAAAAUCAACUAAAGAAAGGAAUUGAGUAUACAGAAGCGAAAUUAAAAACUGUUGAAAAUAAUAGGUUUAGACAUGAAAAUGAUACGAUUGAAAUAAUAAACUUUUUAAGUUAUAUAGAGCUAACUACUUCCCCCCAGUGAGCGAACAAAAACAUAAUGUUGGGUUAAUUUUUUUUUUCAAAUUUAAAAAAAUUCAAAAAUAAUUUAAUUUACAAAAUUUAUGUUUUAAAAUGCAAGCUGUUUAAAAUUAACAGAAAUUAGCUAGAGAUCUCAUUAUAGAAAUUAUCAAAUUAUUUUUUCAUAAAAAUUUUUGUUCACUUAUGAAGGGAGCAAAAAAUAUGUAUUUUUCCACGUAGAGGGGAGUAAAUAGCCAAAUUAUAUAUUUUCAGAAAUAGAGUGUUUAUUUUUUAGGAGAAAAUAGUUAUUCUUUGUAAAUUAUUAUAGAAAAUCUAAAAUCUGAUAACCAAACCUUAAACGACCUAAUCCAAAUCCGCAAUCUAGAAUGCUUACUCCCCACCUCUGUGAGCGAACAAAACCAUUGGAAAAAUCCUUAUUUUUUUGCCAAAAAACUACCCUCCGUUAGUGAACAAAAAUUUUUUAUAUAUAAGCGAUAAUCAGUAAAAUGAAAUCUCUAACUAAUUCUAUUUAAUUUAAAACAAAUUGCAUUUUAAAACAUAAAUCUCGGAGAUUAAAUUAAAUUUGCUUUCCAAUUUUUGCGAAUUAGUUUUUUUUUUUAAUUUUGAAAAAAAAAAUUUACUAUAAAAUCUAUAUAUAAUUUUUUUUAAAAAAAUUAACCCCACCGUGAGCGAGCAAAAUGCCUUUUUUUGUGCUCACAGAGGGAGGAGUUAGACUUAAAAAAAAUUAUUGCAAGUGAGAGCGCAGCUUCUUUAAACAAAGAAAAAAAGCAUAAAAUUAAGCUCAAUGAAAAUCCCAAACUUAUUUUAGAAAUAAACAAUUUGAAAAAUCUUUUGAAAAACGACACAAAAUUAAUCGAGAAUUUAAGGAAAAAAAUAGACAAGUUGAAAAAUAAGAAAAAUCAGUUAAAAUUAAGAUUAAAAGAAAAAGAAGAAGAGCUAAAUGAUCUAUUUGAAAAAAGCACUGCAGACCCAAAAUACUUGGAAUUUGACUCAAGAAAUUACCAAACAAGCCACCAAUCUCUCAUUAAUUACUUUAAAUCCAAAUUCGAAGAAAAAUGUUUAGAAGUGAUCCACUUAGAAAAACGUUUAAAACCCUUGCUUCACUUUGAAAUCCACGAACGUCUCAACGAAAAAUUCACAAACCUAAAGCCAGUUUACAAGCCCCGGUAUUCUUUAUCUCCAGGCAAACUUGAUCUCAGCAAAAAAUUCUCAAAAAAAAAUUCUUCAGAUUUUUCUACAAAUUCCACCCCUGGCUUAAAGUUCCACAGCAAAGCAUCCUCCUUAUCCAUUCCUAUCUCUAUUACUCAACGACCUUAA